CGUGUGAUUUUACAGCGUGACACGCAUUUCCGCGGGACUGUAAUACUGAAGGGACGUGUAGUUUCUGUGGACUACAGACGCCAUGGCGGAGGCGCUGAUCACCGCAGCGGAGCUCCCGAAGCCCGGCGCUGAUUCUGCUGCUGGAGCGAUGGAGAAGUCUGAGUUCGAGGCGGUUCCUGCUCUGAAUCUGGGUGAUCUGGACAUCACCACAGACGAGUUCAUCCUGGACGAGGUGGACAUUCACAUUCAAGCGAAUCUGGAGGAUGAUCUGGUGAAGGAGGCGCUCAGGACGGGUGUGGAUCUGCGGCAGUACUCCAAGCAGGUGGAGAUGGAGCUGCAGCGCAUCGAACAAGCCUCGAUCAAGGACUAUAUCAAAGAGAGUCAGAAUAUAGCCUCUUUACACAACCAGAUCACAGCCUGUGACUCCAUCCUGGAGCGCAUGGAGGGCAUGCUGAGCAGCUUCCAGAGCGACCUGUCGUCCAUCAGCAGUGAGAUCCAGACGCUGCAGCAGCAGUCGGUCAGCAUGAACCUGCGUCUGAAGAACCGGCAGGCCGUGCGCAGUCAGCUCAGUCAGCUGGUGGACGAGCUGGUGGUGCCGAGCUCCAUGAUCUCCGUGAUUCUGGACAGUCCGGUGACGGAGCAGGAGUUCCUGGAGCAGCUCCACGAGCUCAACAGCAAGAUCAACUACGCUAAAGAGCUCAGCUUCAGAGAAACCCUGGCCUGCUCCGACAUACAGGACAUCGUAGAUCGCCUCAAAAUUAAAGCUGUAUCCAAGAUCCGUGAGUUCAUCUUGCAGAAGAUCUACUCCUUCAGAAAGCCCAUGACCAACUACCAGAUCCCUCAGAACACACUGCUCAAGUACAGGUUUUUCUAUCAGUUCCUGUUAGCCAAUGAGAGGACGGUUGCUAAGGAGAUCCGGGAUGAGUACGUGGACACCAUGAGCAAGAUCUACUUCAGUUACUUCAAGUCAUACAGCGGCAGACUGCUGAAAGUCCAGUAUGAAGACGUUGCAGACAAGGAUGAUCUGAUGGGGGUGGAGGACACAGCCAAGAAAGGCUUUUUCUCCAAGCCUUCUCUGAAGAGCAGGAACACCAUCUUCACUCUGGGCCAGCGGGGGGCGGUGUUGAGUCCUGUGGAGCUGGAGGGACCCAUACUGAUCCCUCACACCGCUCAGAGAGGAGACUCCAGAUACCCAUACGAAACGCUCUUCCGCAGUCAGCACUACGCUCUGCUGGAUAACGGCUGUCGAGAGUUCCUCUUCCUCUCGGACUUCUUCAUGGUGGCUGGAAACUCUGCUCUGGAUUUGUUCAACAGCAUUAUGGGAAAAACGCUCAGCAUGUUCCUGAAGAAUCUGUCCACGUACCUGUCGGACUGUUAUGACAGUAUUGCGGUGUUUCUCUGCAUUCACAUCAUUCUGCGCUUCAGAGCCAUCACAGUCAAGAGGAACAUCCCUGCGCUCGACAAGUACUGGGAGGCUGUGCUGGAGCUGCUGUGGCCCAGAUUUGAGCUGAUUUUGGAGAUGAACAUCCAGAGCAUUAGAAACACUGAUCCUCAGAAACUGGGAGUACUGGACACCAGACCACACUAUAUCACUCGGCGCUACGCUGAAUUCUCCUCCGCUGUGGUCAGUAUAAACCAGACCUUCCCCAACGAGAGGACCAACGCUCUCCUGGGUCAGCUGCAGGUGGAGGUGGAAAACUUCGUGCUGAAGAUGGCGGCUGAGUUUCCCUCCAGACGAGACCAGCUCAUCUUCCUCAUCAACAACUACGACAUGAUGCUCGGCGUGCUCAUGGAGAGAGCAGCGGACGACAGUAAAGAGGUGGAGGGCUUCCAGCAGCUGCUGCUGGCCAGAACACAGGAGUUCAUCGAGGAGAUUCUCUCUCCUCCGUUCGGAGGGAUGAUUGCGUUUGUGAAGGAGAGCGAGGCGCUAAUGGAGAAAGGGCAACUUGACAAACUGAAAAACGAUGAAGCGCGUAUCACGCAGCUGGUGCGGGGUUUCUCCAGCUCCUGGAAGCAGUCUGUGGAGGCCUUGAGUCAAGACGUCAUGCGCUCCUUCACCAACUUCAAGAACGGAACCAGCAUCAUUCAGGGAGCGCUGACCCAGCUUAUCCAGUACUAUCAUGGGUUCCACAAGGUCCUCUCCCAGCCGACCUUCCGCAGCCUGGCAGUGCGCUCGGAGCUCAUAAACCUCCAUCAUCUGAUGGUGGAAGUCAAGAAACACAAACCCAACUUCUGAAGAGUCUUUGGGAAUCGGUGUGCACAUUCAGAAAACAACACAUUUUCCUGAGCACAACUUGACAGAUCUCAAACCAUCCUUCAAUCUUUGCUCAUCAGGUAAACGUAACCUAAAGAUGUUGUUUGUUUUUUCUGGAAAACAAGACAUUAAAAGUAUGAUAUUUUAUAGUAAAGGCUGAUUUUCAGUCGCUGUAAAGGAUUUUUUUUUUAUUUGGUCAGCCUUUUAUUUUUGGUUUGCUGAUAAUGGGCUCUUUUUUCAUUAGAUGCAUUUGUAAUUUCUUCAUUAAUAUGAUUUGAUUUCUUUGAAUGUUUUAUCUGUAAAUUCAGUUGCAGCUUCUCUCGAUGUUUUUGUGUAUAAACUGCUGUCCUUUGAUUUUUCUGACGUCUCUGAAAGUAUUUAUGCACUGUUGCCGCAUUUAAGUUAUAAAGAAGAAAAGCAUUCCAUGUUUUGAAAUAAAAUCUGUUAGAUUGAAACUCUC